AUGCCCACCACCAGAUCCGGUGCCAAAGUUGAGUCGACCUCGAAGAAUGGAAAUGGAGAGGGAGCCGGCUCUAAGCACCAGCUGGAUACGAAGGCACCCCCAAAAUCUAAACGCACCAAAAAUGACGGCGACAAGAAACAGCAAACAACAGAAGAUACUAUUCCAAGUCCUACUGAAGCGUACGGCGACGGCACAAGCCAGCUACCAGCUGAUGAGAACAAUGGGAACAAUAUAGAUAGUAAGAAUGAGGUGAAGCAAGAGGAAACAGAUCAAAGGGGCUCGGCUGAGCAAGUAGGGGCGAGAGGAGGGGUCGUCCCGCCCAACAUCUUGGAGAAGGGUAUCAUAUACUUCUUUAUCCGCGGCAAGGUAAAUAUCGACAAGCCCAGCAGUAUCAAUGAUAUUCGUCGCAGUUACAUCAUCCUGCGUCCGCUAGCCAAGGACGCAAAGCUUGGCGAAGGCACGAUCGACGACGUUGGGAAUAGUCGCUUGAUCGUUAUCCCAAAGAAAGUAUUGCCCUCGAGUGGCAGGGAUCGGUGGAUCGCGUUCGUCGAGAAGUCGCAUGCCUCUUUUAAGACGUUAAGGGAUAAUUUCCUAUCUGCGUCGGAAUAUACCACUAAGACGGCCGGUGUUCGACACACGCCCGCUGCUACCCCCGUAGCGGAAGGCGUUUACGCUAUUACGAGUACCGGUCGAGAAUCCCAUCUCGCCUACAUGAUAACUAUACCGGAUGAUCUUGGCGAGGUACAGAAGGAACUUGGACUAAAGAAAAAAGGAAGCUUCAUUAUAAGCACCAGAAACCCCCAGUAUGAGCCACCGAAGGGUCUUGGCCUUCCCCGAGCUCCCGAAUAUCCAAAGGAGGUGCAAGAUGAAUUCCGAGGCCGACGAUGGAUCGCUACGCAGCCUAAGCAUCUUGACUAUGUAAACACCCAAUUUUUACUAAUUGGCGAAAAGAGCGGCAUUCAAAAGGCCACGGAGCCGCAGAAGGGCCAGAAAGGCGACUAUGAAGACCCCGUAGAGGAGCUGGAAAAGCUGGAAGAUGAAGACACGCACCGCAUGAAGAGUCUACCGGGUGACGACUCGGCGGCCAUCUUUCAAGACUUGCACGUUCGUGCUCAGGAUUAUCCCAAACUCCAAACCACCUUUCACACCUAAGAGCUAAUCAUAAGAAAAUGUAACUUGACGAGAUGUACUACAGAAAAAAGGAACAACUUGUAACGAAAAUAACGGAAAGGAGAAAAG